AUGUUGGGACUCACCUCAACUCUGUUGGCGGUGCUGGCUGUGAAUAGUGUCACAUAUGCCGAGGAAGAACCUCCCACUAUCACCGCAGCGCCUAUAUACUUGCCAUACUACAACAAAGAGUCCUGGUCCCUUGUCCGCGGUAGCAUCAUUUCGAGCGACGAGCAGGCCCAAGAGACAACAUACACGAUAUUCUGUCCAGAUACAGACGGUUCCACUCCUCCAGAGUGCGAUCUUUCUCUCGAGUUUCCUUUUAUUCUUGUUGAAGGCCCUGAUACCGUUCGAUUCCACGGAACUAACCCUUCAAGACUAACGGCAAACUUGGAGUGCAGUCUGCAAGGCACAACCAAAGCGACAUGCUCUGGAUACUCUAGUUUCGACAAGGGUUACAAUGAUGGUAUUCACACUGGACCAACUGAAGUAGUAUGGAAAUCGACCUUUACCGGAAAGGAAGCGGAAUGGGGCGUCUUGACCAUGGGCCCGUUACCUGAAGAUCCUGACCCUGUCACCGCUGCCUCGACUACGCCUACAGAGUUCGUUUCGAUGCCGUUGGCUACAGACGGCAGCAGUGCGGCAAUGGGUUUGGAUGCCAAAGUCAUGAGAAUCGCUCUCGUGGCAGCCUUGUGUGCGUUGAUGACCGGCUGGCUGUGA